ACUCUCUCUCUCUCUCUACCUUCACCUAUUUCACCUCCCUUUUUCCACACCCAUUAAUUAGAUUCCUUCACCCAUUGAACUUAUACGGGGGGAUUCCCAGCUCUCUCUCCAUACCCAAUACCCAUCUCAAAUCUCCUCACUCGCCCUUGACUUUCCUCCAUUCUUUUUUUCUUUUCUUUAUUUUUUUUUUCUGUGUGGAGGGUUGCUUUUGGGUUUGAUUUAUAAUCUUGGCACCCACCCAAUACAUAAAAAGAACUUUCAGGACUCUUUCUCCAUCUCUCUCGGGUUCUUCAGUCCUCUGCAAAUUUUUCUUGCUUUUGUGUAUGUUCUUGGUUUGUCCCCCCUUGAAUUGCUCGAGUUGUAUAUGCGUUACAGGGCCUGGGGGAGGAUUGAUCAGUUUUUUUCUUUUUUUGGUUUUUAAUUUGGCUUUGUGGGUCGUUUCAGAUUUUUCUGUCAAUAAAUUUGGGCUUGCUACUGUUUUUCUCUGGGUUUUCUUUGGAAUUUCUGAUUUUCUUCUCGAUUAAGAUAGAGAGAGAAAGAGAGAGAUGGUUAAGCAGGGGCCUUGCUGUCACUGUGGAGUUACAAGCACACCUCUUUGGCGAAAUGGACCUCCGGAGAAGCCAGUACUGUGUAAUGCAUGUGGUUCUCGAUGGAGGACAAAAGGGACGCUGGCCAAUUAUACCCCUCUCCAUUCUCGAGCGGAUCCUGAAAACUAUGAAGACCACAGAGUUGCCAGAACAAAAAGCAUGUCUGUGAACAAAAAGAAGGAAGUGAAGGUGCUUAAGCGAAAGUAUGAUAGUGAAAAUACUACUGUAAGAGGAAAUUCACAUGAAUAUAGUCAGAGUUUCCAUAAGUUUGCAGAUGAUGAUACUAGUAACUGGUCUAGUUCUGGAUCGGCUCUUUCCAACUCUGAAAGCUGCGCACAGUUUGGUAGUGCAGAUGCCAGUGAUUUGACAGGUCCAGCUCAAUCGGUUGUAUGGGAUUCAUUGGUGCCUUCCAGGAAGAGGACAUGUGUGAAUCGUCCAAAGCCAUCUGCAGUUGAGAAGCUUGCCAGAGAUCUGCACACUAUAUUACAUGAACAACAGUCUUCUUGUUUAUCUGGAUCCUCUGAAGAGGAUUUGCUUUUAGAGAGUGAAACUCCGAUGGUUUCUGUUGAGAUUGGACAUGGAUCGGUCCUCAUCAGACAUCCGAGUUCAAUAGCUCGAGAAGAAGAAUCUGAAGCUAGCUCUCUUUCAGUUGAUAACAAGCAGUUGAAAAUAAAUGAUGUACAUUCUCAUCCUCUGACCAUUCCUGUACAUAACAACAAAUGUGUAAAUCUUCCAAGUUCAAAAGCACAGACUUUAGAGAGUCCUUUUGGGCAAGGGAAGGAACAAGGGCAGCUUAAGAGGGACAAGUCCCAGCAUGAAAAGCUGCGCAUGUUAGGAACUCAAAGUUUACUAGUUUCUAUUGAGCUUAGAGAUGUCUUAAACUUUGAUCAGUUUGUCAAAUAUUUGACCUAUGAAGAGCAACAACAGCUAUUGAAGUAUCUGCCUCAGGUUGAUAGAGCAAACUUUCCAGAUAGUCUCAGAAGCAUGUUUGAUGGUGCUGCAUUCCUUGAGAACUUAUCUUCUUUUCAGCAUCUGCUUGCUGAAGGGUUGUUUGAUGCCUCAUUGUCUGUGGCAAAAGAGGAAGACUACAAGACUCUAAGGAGGCUUGUGCUGUCCGACUCGAUCAAGUGCAAAUGGGUCGAACAUUUCCACCAAGUCAAGAAAUGUAAGGGUGGUUCUGUAAAGCCCAGCUCUCAAGGAGGUCGUGAAACUGUAUCUAGUAAUUUAAUCAAAGGAAAUGGAUUACAUGACAUUCAGAAACAGAAGUAUACAGAUGUAAAUGCAAAAAUGAAGAGCCCCAGAAGAAUAAUCAUGGGUGGAAGCUCCAAAAACAAGGAAAUCGCAGAGAGUGAUGGAUCUUGCUUCAGUCCAAGAAGCCUAUUUGCAGUGCCUCCUGAUGGUGGUGCUCUUUUGCUAGAUUCUUUACAUGUCACUGAUGAUAACUCUGAGCAGGAUCUGCUGCUUGAUGUGCCAUCAAACAGCUCAUUCCCACAAGCAGAGCUCCUCCGUCCGGCUAUGAGCUUUGUCUCCCAGCAGGCAAGCACCAGCAGUAGCUCACUGUACCCACAGCUUGUUUAUCCCUGAUAAUGUGGCAUCACCGAAGCAUUCGAGCCUUAUAUAUAUAUACACCCUUUUGGGUAGAGUGGCUUCUUCGGUCGUGCUUGUUGAACAGGAGGUUAAAUCUUUCAUGAGGUUUUGUGGUUGUUUUUCAUCACCGUCUCCUUUCAACUUGGUAUAUUAAAGGGAUGAACAGAGGUGCUCUUUCGUAUAGGACAGAUGAUAGGUGGCAGCGUAUACCUCAGGAUGCAAAUGGUGAUGACUUAUAAUUCCUGGAUAUCUUUUAUCAACCUCAGUCACUUAUUGCACAAUCUUUCAGUUAUUAGCCUUACGUAUCAUGCUAAUUGAAGAAAACCGAGCAGCAGAAUGAUCAUUGGCUUUA